UUCCAAAAUGGCGAAGCAGGUUGACAUUACUCAGCUUUCUCUCCAGCAAUUAAACCAAUUAUCUCAACAAUUAGAUCAGGAGAUCAGUUUCUACUCUAAUUCUUUAAAUACCCUGAAGAUGGCACAACAGAAGUUCUCUGAGUCUCAGGAGUGUCUGGGCAAGCUGGAUGCCAAGAGCAAAGAUAAAGAAAUACUGGUGCCUCUGACCAGUUCAAUGUAUGUUCCUGGAACACUCAGUGAUAUUGACAACGUGCUGAUAGAUGUAGGAACUGGAUAUUACGUAGAAAAGGAAGUGGAAGGCGCCAAGGCCUACUUCAAAAGGAAAGUCGACUUCUUGACAGGUGAAAUAGAAAAAUUAAAAGAGCCGCUGCAGAACAAAUAUCAAAUGAAACAAAGUGUGACGGAGGUACUACAGAUGAAGGUACAAGCUCAGAUGAUGGCCCAGCAGCAGACCGCAGGAAAAUCAUCAUAGCCGCCUCAUCGGAAAAGAUUAGGGGAGAUAUCACGCUCGUGGAACAUUGUGUGGUGCAUCCAUGAGAGAGGGGGACAUUUGCUUACCGGCUGAUUAAAAAACUGUGUUGAAUACUAUAACAUCACUAUGCCAUUACAAUUCAAUUUGUCUACACAAUAGAAGAAAGGUUCUGCACCAAAACCCGAUUGGUUACAGUAUGUUGCUUAGGUGUAUGUUUUGACCGCUCGUUCAUGAACUGAGUGAAAAGCAUUCCACGAAGAUGACGUCACUGCAGCUGCUGCCCUCUAUUUCCCCAUCGCUGAAUUACAGGCAAUGUCGGACAAACAUGCGGUUUCGUAAUGGAUUCAGGCUUUCUAACUAGGGCAGUUAGAUUCAAUCUGGCACAUGUCCCGAGUGUUGGAAAUACUACAUAAUUGUUCUGAAUAUUUCUCUCUCUGACUCUACAUGUAUGGUAUCAUUCAUGCUAAAAACAAUGCAGGGUCAAAGAUAAUUGACUUUGAAAUAAGCUCAAAUGCGUAGAAAUAAGUGUCGAUGUCCGACUGUCACGUCACUAAAACGUCAUCAAUAUCUUAUGCAAAUGACCUUGUGAACUAGUAACUUCGCGGAAUGCUAUUGGCAGUGCAGCUUGGCACAAUACAGGAAUGCUCCAGUGGUAAAAAAUUCUCUUUUGUUUCUCUGUCAUUGCAGUUCAUUUAGCAGUACAUGUGCAUAUACAUGCUAACUGAUCUAGGAAACAACACUCAAUACUGUCUGUAGGUAAAUGUACCACCAAGGUGCACUUGUACUGGUAUAUUGCUGGGCUUCUCAUCUUGAAACCCCUUAGAUUAUGAGGAUUGUGUUGCAAAAAAUUGAACGAGCAUUUUGGAUUGAAGCAUGAACACCUCAUGCUGUCCAAUUUCAAGGAAUUGUGCGUGUUUGUGAACAGUUAGUUCUAUCAUUUUUGUGUGGCAAAGAAAUGGCUUUUUUCAAGAAUUUUGUUUGGGAUAAAUAAAAUACCAGAAAGUUA